AUUAACCGGGUGAACGUUGUACCCCGCACGACUUUUCAUGUGGCACUCCGCGAUUCUAGUUUCGCGCUCAGUCGUGCAGGCUUGGGGUACAUGUGUAAGCCCCCCACACCAGCACUGGCACCUGUAUCUGUGCCUCGUCGCUCGUGUCGCUUAGUAGUAUCGUGCGUUGUACUCAGCUAUAUCCAAGCUGGCACUGUACCUACUUACAAAAGCCACGCCGGGAAACUUUCACGCUAGUGCACCGGCAUACGACCGCAAACCGCGACAUUUUCUUCGAAAAUCCUCGUGACAUUCGGUCGGUGAUCGAUCGCCUUCUGUCAGUCGUCCAUUUCGUGCCUGCCGACAGUCAAGAGAGAGCGUACAUGGCUGGCAAUACUCCAACGGUCUUAAGGGCUGAUCGCCUCGACAUACUGGAUCCGAUCAACGCCUCCCCCUCUCCCCUGGCAGUCAACAUGUUGAGUCCUUUGAAUGACGACUUAGCAGCAUUGAUUGGCUUCGGGAGCGAGUCCGCGCUCUGGGGCAUCAACACCAUCCUAUUCUUCGUGUCGAUCGUGCUACUGCGUACGCGGAGAGAAGCGAGCCACUUGUCGCGACCUGUUGUCCUCGCCCAUUGUGCACUGUUCAUCUUGUGCACUGUCCAUUGGGCGCUGGAGUUCUAUCAUUUCGUUACGACUUUGGCCACGACCGGUGUCCAAGGAUACGCGAGGGAAACAUCGCAGCUUGUGGCCGCCGACAUCUUCAUCUCGCUAUGUGACCUUCUCGGAGACUACAUCCUGAUCUAUCGUUUGUGGGUCAUAUGGGGGAGGAACUGGUGGAUCAUCCUGCUUCCGUCCCUGUGCGCUGUUGCUGGUUUCGCGUGCAUCAUGGAGGUCGUCCACUUCGUUGUCACGGAAGACCCGAGUUCGCCUGCGCCGCCCGCCGAGACGCUGUCAAUCACCAUCGCCGGCUACGCACUCCCCUUGUGCACUAACGCGAUCGCUACCGGUCUUAUCAUCGGGAAGAUCUGGUGGAUGGCGCGCCCGACGCCUGGUGUGGACACUUCUCACUUUGCCGGACGCAGCAUCGCGCGGAGCGCGAUAGCGACCAUCGUCGAGAGCGGUGCGCUGUACUUCGCCGCCCAGCUCACUUACGUCGUCACGGUCGCGAUUCCCCACCCGUCCGAGGGCAUCAUCGCUGUGAUGGCGUUGCAGAUUUACGGUAUCGCGCCGACGCUGAUUAUUAUCCGUGUCAUGCUCGGACUCACCGUAGAGUCUUCACUACUGUCGACCAAACCAAAUACGGUGACGCCCGUGGUAUGGACUUCGACAACUCGAUAUACCGUGCAGGAUGGUCCCAUGAAGUACGGCGUCUCCUUGGGCAACGGCGCCAACGGGGAUAGGGGCACGAAGGGCUAUCCCUCCGAUGGCGACGAGUCCUUGGAGAUGAAGCCUCUACCGGACGAUGGGUUCGCUGCGUGAGCGGUUAUUCUUAUUUGUAGUAUAAAUUCAAAAGGGGGAAGAGUGUACCAUACGGAUUUUCAUUGGGUGUAGAUCGUCAUUCCUUGUUGUACUCGAAAUAUAACACGACCCGGUGACCUGACCGUGGAGGCUCCAAAACUAAUACAUAGUCAUAUACAC